CGCCUCCACGGCGAGAGGGUGAAGAGGUUCUAUCCGGGCCUUUGGCGCUCCCUUUCCUUUCGCGCCGGUUGCCGCUGCGGAGCGCGGUGGGUCCAUGUGCGCAGUGAGCGGCGCUGUUUCUGGCGCAGAAGCACCCGAGCCUUGGGUUUUAGCGAGUCCGCGCUGCGAUGGACCCCAACACCAUUAUCGAGGCCCUGCGGGGCACCAUGGACCCAGCCCUGCGUGAGGCCGCGGAGCGCCAGCUCAAUGAAGCACACAAGUCUCUGAAUUUUGUUUCGACACUGCUUCAGAUUACUAUGUCGGAACAACUGGAUUUACCUGUGAGACAAGCAGGUGUUAUCUAUUUGAAAAAUAUGGUAACGCAGUAUUGGCCAGAUCGAGAAACAGCAUCACGGGAUAUAUCCCCUUAUACUAUUCCAGAAGAAGAUCGACAUUGUAUUCGAGAAAAUAUUGUAGAGGCCAUUAUUCAUUCUCCUGAGCUCAUCAGGGUACAGCUUACUACAUGUAUUCAUCAUAUCAUCAAACAUGAUUACCCAAGUCGCUGGACUGCCAUUGUGGACAAGAUUGGCUUUUAUCUUCAGUCUGAUAACAGUGCUUGUUGGCUAGGAAUUCUUCUUUGCCUUUAUCAGCUUGUGAAAAAUUAUGAGUACAAGAAACCAGAGGAGCGGAGUCCAUUGGUAGCAGCAAUGCAGCAUUUCCUGCCCCUGCUAAAGGACCGUUUUAUUCAGCUUCUUCCCGAUCAGUCUGAUCAGUCUGUUCUUAUUCAGAAACAGAUUUUCAAGAUCUUCUAUGCUCUUGUUCAGUAUACACUACCCCUGGAGCUGAUAAACCAACAGAACCUGACAGAAUGGAUAGAAAUUUUGAAGACUGUUGUGAACAGGGAUGUACCUAAUGAAACACUUCAAGUUGAAGAAGAUGAUAGACCUGAGUUACCAUGGUGGAAAUGUAAGAAGUGGGCUUUGCAUAUUUUAGCAAGGCUUUUCGAAAGAUAUGGAAGCCCUGGCAAUGUUUCCAAGGAAUAUAAUGAGUUUGCUGAAGUCUUCCUGAAGGCAUUUGCUGUUGGUGUGCAGCAGGUUUUAUUGAAGGUGUUAUAUCAGUACAAAGAGAAGCAAUACAUGGCUCCUCGAGUUUUACAACAGACAUUAAAUUAUAUUAAUCAAGGAGUUUCUCAUGCGCUCACCUGGAAGAACCUGAAGCCUCAUAUACAAGGCAUUAUCCAAGAUGUUAUUUUUCCAUUGAUGUGCUAUACAGAUGCCGAUGAAGAACUUUGGCAAGAAGACCCUUAUGAAUAUAUACGCAUGAAGUUUGAUGUGUUUGAAGAUUUCAUUUCUCCUACAACUGCUGCCCAGACACUUUUGUUUACAGCCUGUAGUAAGAGGAAAGAGGUACUGCAAAAGACUAUGGGAUUUUGCUACCAGAUUCUUACAGAACCAAACGCUGAUCCUCGAAAAAAAGAUGGAGCCCUGCAUAUGAUUGGAUCGUUAGCUGAAAUACUUCUGAAGAAAAAGAUCUACAAAGAUCAGAUGGAAUACAUGUUGCAAAAUCAUGUGUUUCCUCUAUUCAGCAGUGAACUAGGCUACAUGAGAGCAAGAGCUUGCUGGGUCCUUCACUACUUUUGUGAAGUGAAGUUCAAAAGUGACCAGAACUUGCAAACGGCCUUAGAACUGACACGAAGAUGUCUGAUUGAUGAUAGGGAAAUGCCUGUGAAAGUGGAAGCUGCCAUUGCACUUCAAGUAUUAAUCAGCAAUCAAGAAAAAGCUAAAGAAUACAUCACACCAUUCAUAAGACCUGUAAUGCAGGCUCUUCUUCAUAUUAUAAGAGAAACAGAAAAUGAUGAUCUUACCAAUGUAAUUCAGAAAAUGAUCUGCGAGUAUAGUGAAGAAGUUACUCCUAUUGCAGUAGAAAUGACACAACAUUUGGCAAUGACAUUUAAUCAAGUAAUCCAGACUGGACCAGAUGAAGAAGGAAGUGAUGACAAAGCAGUUACUGCUAUGGGAAUCCUGAACACCAUCGACACUCUUCUUAGUGUAGUUGAAGAUCAUAAAGAGAUAACCCAGCAGCUUGAGGGAAUCUGCUUACAGGUCAUCGGAACUGUUUUACAGCAGCAUGUCUUAGAAUUCUAUGAGGAGAUCUUCUCUUUAGCACACAGUUUGACAUGCCAACAAGUGUCUCCACAGAUGUGGCAGCUUCUACCUCUGGUAUUUGAGGUUUUUCAACAGGAUGGCUUUGAUUACUUUACAGAUAUGAUGCCUCUGCUUCAUAAUUAUGUGACGGUUGACACAGACACACUUCUGUCUGAUACCAAGUAUCUUGAAAUGAUAUACAGUAUGUGCAAAAAGGUUCUUACAGGAGUUGCAGGAGAAGAUGCAGAGUGUCACGCAGCAAAAUUGUUAGAGGUCAUCAUUCUACAGUGCAAAGGGCGUGGCAUUGACCAGUGUAUUCCCUUAUUUGUGGAAGCAGCUUUAGAGAGACUGACAAGAGAAGUGAAGACAAGUGAACUUCGAACAAUGUGCCUGCAAGUUGCCAUUGCAGCUUUGUAUUAUAAUCCACACCUACUACUUAAUACCUUAGAAAAUCUUCGCUUUCCUAAUAAUGUUGAACCAGUUACAAAUCAUUUUAUUACACAGUGGCUUAAUGAUGUUGAUUGUUUCUUGGGGCUACAUGACAGAAAGAUGUGUGUUUUGGGCCUGUGUGCUCUUAUUGAUAUGGAACAAAUACCACAAGUUUUAAAUCAGGUUUCUGGACAGAUUUUGCCAGCUUUUAUCCUUUUAUUUAAUGGAUUAAAAAGAGCAUAUGCCUGCCAUGCAGAACAUGAGAAUGACAGUGAUGACGAUGAUGAAGCUGAUGAUGAUGAUGAAACAGAGGAACUAGGGAGCGAUGAAGAUGACAUUGAUGAAGACGGUCAAGAAUAUUUGGAGAUUCUGGCUAAGCAAGCAGGUGAAGAUGGCGAUGAUGAUGAUUGGGAAGAAAACGAUGCUGAGGAGACUGCUCUGGAAGGCUAUUCCACAAUCAUUGAUGAUGAAGAUAACCCAGUUGAUGAAUAUCAGAUAUUUAAAGCUAUAUUUCAAACUAUACAAAAUCGCAAUCCUGUGUGGUAUCAGGCUCUGACUCAUGGUCUUAAUGAAGAACAAAGAAAACAGUUACAGGAUAUAGCAACUCUGGCUGAUCAAAGAAGGGCAGCCCAUGAAUCCAAAAUGAUUGAGAAGCAUGGAGGAUACAAAUUUAGUGCUCCAGUUGUGCCAAGCUCUUUCAAUUUUGGAGGCCCAGCACCAGGGAUGAAUUGAGUUAUCACUUUCCUGCUGUGUGAUUGUAGUGAUGAGCUUGUGUUCCUCCUAGUAGCAGUUCCAGAACUGGUUCAUGUUAUUAUCUACUCUAAACUAAUUGAUCAAUAGAUGGACAAAAGGAAAAACAAACCCCGGAGGUCAGACCUGAUCAUGCAACUUGGCACUGGAAAAGAAUCCAGAGGGAUUUUGAGUGUGGGGGGGAAUGGAGGGUGGGUAUUUUCUUUAUUUUUUGAAGAAAGAAAGAUUCUGACUGAAAGUUCAGGUGACACUGUGGAAAUAUGAAACGAGGGGAUGUCAUGAAGGCAGCUUUUCUUUUUCUGAGGAAAAAAUAGGCAUGGGCUACAGGACUAUUUAAAAUGUCUCAUUUACAGUAUAAGCUCAAAGGUAGAUGUAAUUUUAUACCUAUGAGUAUUUGUCUGAUUUCUGUCUUUUCCUCACCAUUGGGUAUCUAUUCUUCAUAUGUAAAUAAGGUAAUCGACAACCUUAUUCAGUCUUUAUCUUUUCACUCAUCAAAGAUUGUUUCUAUGUAGAUUGGACAUUUAUUGUAGCACUACAUAACUGAUUUUUAAAAAUCUGUAAAUGAAUUAGCACUUUCAUAUUGAAACAAGCCUGCUAGCCUAUGUAUAAAAUAGCAAAAUGUUUGCUGUUUAUAAAAAGAAGGGAUGUAAUGGGGUGGGGGGCAGGGUAAUUUCAAGUUAUUAAUUUAAAAAUGUACUAGCAAUUUUGUACCUGGUGACUUUGUGGUGCGCUCACCUCUGAUAGUGACUUGAAUUCGGUAUGUUAAAAGGGGUUAAUGAUAUUUCAUUGCUGCUAAAAAAUGGCAACUCCCUUUGUGUCCUGUUUUUUCUUAAAGCUCUCGGUGUACAAGUGGAUAUUUGGAUACAAGACCUUACUGUAAAAAAUAAGAAAGGUGAUAUUUGAAGCAUGUAAAUUGGAUAUAAGGUUCUACUUUUAAAGAGUUAUCAGAGAGUUAAUGGCUAAACAUCAAUAUAUGCAAUCUAUUAAAAGAACUUAAUUCGGCUA